CUUCCUUAUCAAACCACAGAUCUGAGCUGCUAUCUAGCAUCACGUCCGACAGCAUUUAAAAAUGUGGUGCAGACUCAGGUUGUCUCAGACAACUGAAACAACUCAUUACCAAAGCGUGAAGAAGAUCGAUUUCAAAUCUGAAACCAUGAGGGCAUCAUCUAUGUGUCUGGUGUUCGGGCUGGUCCUGCUGAUGGCAUUGACUUCUGAGGCUCAACCAAAAGCAGUUCCGAAGAGAUGUUGUUUCAGUUUUGUGGACUUCCAAAUUCCAGCCUCAAAAAUUGUUACUGCAUUGAAGACAGAUCCAGAAUGCCCUGUCCCUGGCUUUGUGGUUACAACACCAAGAACGGAAUUUUGUGUGAAACCAGACGAGGAAUGGAUUCAGAAAAUAUUGAGCCGCAAAACUUAAAACAUGUGCACAAAAUAAUACUGUGAUUGCUUUAUUCAACAGUCUUUCCUAUCAAAUGUAUUCUUUCAGCUCCUUAUAAAUACUGCGAGACACUGAAUGUCAAAAUGUCUUUUCAUCUUGGCUUAAUCUAUGCAAAUAAAUA